AUUCGCCUUCGCUUUUCGUUCUUUUUUCUCCUUUUUUUAAAAACUUCGUUUUUUUACGAACGCUUGCGUUCUUUCAUUCGCUUUUCCCAAGGUCGUCGCCGCUCUAUCUAGUCUGCUAGACAGAACUGCUCCCAUAAAGCCCAGCGUAGACCGCUUAUUCGUUCUUUCUCAACGCCGACUUUUUUUCGACCUUCUCGCGUUUACGCAAGUGCUCGUCAAUUCUUUGAUACUUUCAUUCGCUUUCGCAAUCAAUCAUGAAAACCGUUCUCGUUGGUCUUUCCUUUGCGGGUGCAGCCGUUGCACAAUUGGUGAAUGGUGCUUCAAUGGUGCCGUUAUCGUCUACAGACAGUGGAGCUACUGCUAGUGCGACCGCAUCAUCGUCAAAUGGCGGUUAUUACGGUAGUUCCGCCCCAGCGCAAGCAACUGGCUACACUACCUCGACAGAAGAUGCUUCUUCUGCGCAGUACACUCAACCCCCUUCAAGUACCGACAUCUACUCCAUGAUGCCGUACGAGUCGAUGACUGCUGGAGGAUACUCAAGUAUGAACUGUGGAUAUGGCUUUUCCAAGGCGUACGAUGGGUCUUGCCAGGCUCUGUCAUGGUAUUCCUUUGAGGGUUGCUAUGAGACCAUUAUUAUCAACCACUCUCAAAAUUGUUAUGACCAAACUGUGACAGAGACCUCAACUGUCUACAACACUGUUACUCAGGUCUACACCAGUGUUAUGACUGAGACCGCAACCGUUACCUACACUCAAACUGACACGAACACUGUCACGGCAACCGAGAUUAUGACUUCGACUGAGCUUGUCCCGACAACUCGCGUCUGGGUAUCAACGGAAAUUGUUGACAACACUGUCACCAACUUGUACACCCUCACGGCAACGGAGACGAAGACUCAGGUUAAUGUCUACACUCAAACCGCCACAGAAACGGACACGGCAACUGCCACUGAGACUCAGCACGAGACCGACUUUGUCACUGUUGAAAUGACGAUGACCGACUUCGUCCCGACGACUUAUACCAAGGUCUGGGUCAGCACGGAAGUCAUCGACAACACGAAGACGAUUGAGAACACUCUGACCGCGACGAUGACUGACACGAUGACUGUUGUGUCUACAUCCCUUUCCGUCGCAACGCAGACUGAGACCGCUAGCGUCACCGAGACUAUGAUCUCAACGGUCACGGACGCAGUGACAUACACGAGUGUGUGGGUCAGCACUCAAGUCAUUGACAACACAAAGACGAUUGAGAACACGCUCACAUCGACUGUCAUCGAUAGCACAACCUAUCUCCAGACUAUGACUGCCACCGCUACGGAGACGCAGCUCUCAACUGCCACAGAGACCCAGACUGUCCAGGACACUCAACUCGCUUCUUGCUUGAACUCGUGCAAGGGUAGUUGGUCAUUAACUAUGGGUAACUACAAUACGUACAACACGUAUGCGACCAUGACGUCGUCUACGUACAUGGCUAGCGCGACUGAUAUGUCCAGCUCGACCUCUGUGGCGUAUGACACCUCGUCUGCUUCGUAUGCUUCUUCAAGCAGCUCAAACGGCUAUGACACUUCCAUGGCCAGUGCGACAGCGUCAGCAAGCUCCGAUUCGUCAUCCGGUGGCAGUGGCUAUUACUAGUCACCUCGUCUUCUCUUCCGUUUCUUGACGACAGUAGAUGUUUCUCAUUCCACGUCUCUCGGACAUUUACAUUAAAGCUCUGUUUGUACCUACUUCGGACGUUCUUUUUCAGUACCACGAGAUUGUUGAUAAGUAUUUGAUUGAUUUCUCGAAAGGGUUCAGGAAUUUAUAUUGCACUCGUAUAUUCGUGUUUAUCCCUAUUUCUUGCUCCUUUCCCUCCUCCCGCCCUUCGUUGCUGAUGUAGCACAAGCUGGUUUUUACGUGUUAAAAACACUCUCGGACAAUUCAACAGUGUGCUAUAUUUUGCAAUGUUGUUUAACAUACCCUCUUCCUCGUUUGUUUGUCUAGGACUAGAAGUCAAAACUCGAAUGAAGGAGUACGGUUGAGCUGAAC